ACUGGAUGUCUACUAUGAUAUCUGUCAGAAACAGACAAACAAUGGUCUAAUAGAUACAGGAUUUGUCUAUAGUUAUAGCAAACACAGUAAACCCUAUUAUAUAGUCAAUGGUCAAUACUAUUGGCAAUUGGAUAACAAUCUAACGGGUCUAUGGGAUAGACGGGCCAGAAAAUUGUCGGACAAUUUCUAUCCGAUCGGGUUUAUCGGUAGCGAUGAUGAUAUUUCAAUAGACAUAGCGUUUAGUGUUGAAUCAUAUGUCUGGUCGAGUAGUCAUUGUGCAUAUUUUAUACAGUCGGAUAAAUGGACCAACUUUUGUCUAGAAUUAUAUACUCUAUUACCAAUUAAAAUGUCCAAAUCGGGUAAUUUUACACUACCUGAGCUCAGAAACAGUUCCAUAGCCUUUAGUCCAUACAAGGCUCAGGUAGACACACAUGUAUUGUUUAUAACACAAUGGUUUCAAUCGCAAGUCAAUAAUAAUAAUAGUGAUGAUGUAGUUAUAGUCAAACGUAGCCAUCAAUUGUAUGAUUUCAAUGACCCGAAGUUACCGAUAGCUAUCGGCAGCAGCAAUACUACUGCCUAUAGUCAGGAAAUACCCGAUAUUGUCGACAAUAUUGGCGAUCAGUAUUGGAUUAUAGCUAUACUAGAAUCGGAUGAUAAUGAGGGCAUUGUAUUUGCUAAGCACCGGGAUAUUGGAUACUAUUGUCUAUUUAAUAGUAGUAAUCAAAAUCAAUCGUGUAGAAAUGGUAAUAUGAAACCAACUGUCGAUUUGUUUGAUUGUAAACCUACUAUAAAACUACCAAAACUUACCGAUGAUGACAUUGAUAUAACAAUUAUUAUAUUUCUAGUUUUGCCAAUUAUUAAGUUGUAUUACAUUUAA